AAGAGAGGAAAGAGGGAGUGGGAGAGAGAGAGAGAAGAGAGGGAAGAGGGUAGGGGGUAGAGAGAGAGAGAGAAAAGUGAAGUGAAGGGUGUUGGGGAAGAAUGUGUGUGUGUGUGUGUGUGUGUGCCUCGGGGGGAAGUUAGUGCCGUAGUUUAUAGAGUGGCGUCCGAGCCGCAGGAAACACACACAGCAGAGCGCUGCAGGCGGAUGGACAGACACAGAGAGGCUGUGUGAGGAGGACGAGUGCUGAUGCACACACUCUCGCCCCUGCUGGGAGGCAGCUCACCUGAAGGCCCAGGUGACUCGUCAGAAGCAGCUGCUGGACAUCAUGAGCCAGCGUCAUGCGGAGCUGGAGGAGAGACUGGACUACAUGAUCACGCGCAUCGCCAAGGAGACGCAGGACAUCCAGGACCUGGAGCAGCAGCUCACCGACGGCCAGAUCUCGGCGAACGAGUCUCUGAAGCGGGAGCUGGAGGAGGUGAUCUCGGGCCUGCAGGAGUACCUGCGCGGGGUCAGAGGUCAAGCUCGCCAGGCCCAGAGCGACUGCCGCCGCCUGCAGAGCCAGAACCAGGCACUGGAGCGCCUCCUGCAGGACAGAGAGGAGCAGUGCAGGCAGCUGCAGCACGGCCAGGAGGAGGAGAGGAACACAGAGAUAGACAAGCUGAGAGCAGAGCUGAGUAGGCUGCGAUCACUCACUAAGGUGGAGCGGGCAGCUCUUGAAGCAGAGCUUCAGAAUGAGAGACAAGCCAGAGAAAACGCUGAGGUUCGUGUGCAGCUGGAGACCGAAAACCUUCUGGAACACAUCAGCUCACUAAAGGAGGAGAGUGAUGCGUUGCGAGACGACGCUGCUGAGCUGCAGUCUAAACUGCAGAGCACCUCAGCGGUCCUCAUCCACCCAGACGAUCUCCUGCAGCGCCUGCACAGCCUCACACACAACCUCACACACACCCUCGGCUCGGACACACCUGACGGCAGUGUGGGAGCCACUCUACGCAACGUUGCUGUGGAGGAGCGUCUACAGGAGCUGCAGCAGGAGCUCUGGCGUCUGGUCAGGCAGGAGAAGGAGCAGGCACGGCUCAUAGAGGAGCAGAGGGAGCAGACACAGCUCAUAGAGGAGCAGAGGGAGCAGACACAGCUCAUAGAGGAGCAGAAGGAGGAGGGCAGGAGGGUCCAGGAGCAGGGGGAGGAGUCCAAACGGCUGUGGGAGGAGCAGGGGGAGGAGUCCAAACAGCUGUGGGAGGAGCGAGAGGAGAGCCGACGCCGGCAGGAGACUCUGAAUGGAGAACUGCAGCUCCUGAGACAGCAGCUCACAAGCCUGCAGAGACACAAGCAGCAGCAGACUUGGGAGGCUGCGAAGAUGAAGCGUGAACAUGAGAUGGAGCUCCGCAAACUGAGGGAGAAGCUUCAAGGGGACCAGGAGGCGGAGCUUCAGAGGCUGAGGGAGGAGCUUGAGGAUGCACGGGAUGCGGAACUCCAGCAGCUGAAGGAGGAGCUUAGGGAGAGACAGGAGGCGGAGCUUAACAGACUGAGGAAGAAGCUGCGGAAGGCCCAGGAGGCGGAGCUUCAGGGCCUGAGGGAGGAGCUUCAGGAGGCCCAGGAGCAGCAGUACCUGAUGAGCCAACGUCUGCAGGAGGCCGAGAGCGAGCGGGAGGGCCUCCUCAUGGAGCUGCACCAGCAGGACACACAGGCUCUAGAAGAGCUGAAGAAGAGUGUGUGCAGUGCUGACAGGAGAGCUGGUCAGCAGUUGAGCGCAGUCACACAGCAGCUACAGACACUCUACAGGACAGCACUGCACAUACGCCAGCAGAGGGAGCAGGAUGCGGAGCAGCUGGAGGACUCCCGGCAGCAUAUGGCUGAGAUGGAUCAGGACCUGGAGAGGGCUGACACAGAGACGGCCUUACUGCAGAGGCUCCUGAAGGACGGGCAGCAUGUGUUGGACAGUAAAAGCACUGGAAGCCCAGCAAGCAGCCACCAGCAGGAGGAUCUGGAGCAGUUAACUAGAGCUGUCAAGAGACUCACACAACAGCUGAGCCAGGCCUCUACAGAUAAGAGUUUGAGUGUGGAGCAGCUGCUGGAUGAGAUGGUUGCCCUGAGGGAGACCCUGAAGCAGACCAACCAGCAGGACGACCACAGGAGCGGACACUGGUACUACAUCCCCACCGGCCAGAGCGCUGCCAGUGUAGCGUCUCAGGGAACUCAAGACUCGGGCCUGGGCUCUCAGCUGCCCUCCUCCCCCCAGAGGAAGCCCCGCCCACAGCACAACCCCCCCCACAAGAGGAGCCCCCCCAACAGAGCCGGCUACUGGCUCUACUCACCUCAUCCGCCCAACAGAGUGGGCAGUGACAGAAGCGGUGAGAGCGACAUGGAGAGCAGUGCCCCCUGGUGGUUUUUUCCUGCUGGUGCGCUUCUCUACACGUCACUGCCAACUCAGCCCACACCGACCAGCCCACACUGCAACCUCCCCAAACACCAGCACAUGGAGCGUGAGUUGCAUGAGGCUCAGCAUAAACUGAAGGAGCAGAGCAGACUGGAGCAGGAGAGGAGAGACCUGCAGAGGGAGAUGCACCAGCUCAGGAGAGACCACAAACGCCUCAGGGCGAGGUUGCGGAGCGGAACAGAGAGGAGUGUGUCGGAGGAGGUGGAGUGUUUGGAGGAGACUCUGCAGCGGCGGCGAGCAGAACUCAGAGAGGCCGACCGUCUACUGCUGCACGCACACACACAGCUCAAGGACACACACACACAGAGUAAGGAUGCGGAGCGGCGUUGUGGAGAGACCCAGAGGAGAGUGUGUGAGCUGCAGCAAGACCUGGAGGAGCUGGAGACUAGGGCUCAGGACUACGCCAAGCAGCUCAUACACACCAAGCACGAGCUCAGUGCUGAACAGGAGGAACUGCAGAGGCUACAGAAUCAGAGGCAGAAUGAGGAGCAAUCUCUGGCAGCUACAAACACACACUACAAACAGCUAAGACAGAGGCUGGAGGACAGUGAGCGACUGUUGGAGGAGACAGAGGACAGACUCAGCCAACGCAAGACAGAGCUGCAGUCACUAGACAAGGAGCUGCGUGCGCUGGACAGGCGGUUGGGUCAGUGGAGAGAGGAGGAGCGCGUCUUACAGAGCAGCCUGCAGCAGCACCGGGACUCACUCCUACACACACAGGAGCUACGUGUGUGUGUAGAGACUCUGUCUCAGCAGAAGCGUGAUGUGGAGAAGGAGCUGUGUGAGGGGAGGAGUCAGCUGACUCUCAUCAGGCAGGAACAGCAGAGAGAGGAGCACACCCUCAACAAGCUGCUCUCAGAGUUGAAGUGUGUGCAGGAGCAGAAAGUGGAGCAUGUUGCACAGUGUGAGCAGCUACAGCAGAAGUGUCGCCACCUGGAGGCCAGACAGAGAAACGCACAGAGGAGUGUGUCUAAUGCAGAGAAGGCUGUGUCUGAGGCCAAGACCAAGCUGACCAGACUAGACUCAGAGCUGAAGCAGAGCAAUGAAACUCAAGAAGUGUCAGAGGAGCUGGAGAGGCUGAGGGAGAAGCUUCAUGGUGAGCGACUACAGCUGGAUGCAGUCAGGGAGGCGAUUCGCUCAGUGAGUUCGGAGAGGGAUGACCUUGCAGAGGAGCAGCUCCGUCUCCGUGGCGACGUGCAGGCCUCUGCGGAGCGCGCUCAGAAGGGCCAGAGGCGUCUGGAGGCCCUCGAGCAGCAGCUGACCGUGCUGGACUCUCAGCUGACCCACAAACACGCCCAGCUACGCCGCCACCACGAGUCCCUGCAGCAGCAGCAGCAGGAGUGGGCUGAGGCGGAGGCACUACAGCAGCAGAGGAGGCAGCAGCUGCAGGCCCAGCUGCAGACACUAGAGGGCGCUGUGGCGGAGCGGGUGCAGCGCAUGGAGCAGCUCACUGCAGAGGAAGCACAGCUGCAGGACAGCACACGGGCCCUGCACACCCAGGAGGAACAGCACCGCCGCAAAGGGCAGGAGCUGUGUGAGUGGGAGGCCAGACUGCAGCAGCAGCAGCAGGAGCUGGAGGUUUGGCGCUGUAAGGUGCAGAGGCUGCAGAAACUACUCACCAAACAAACACACACCCUACAGCAGGCUCAACAGGCAACAAAGGAGAGUGAACAGAGAGCACACACACUGCAGAUGGAGGUGCACACUUUGAGCCAAGAGCUACAGUGUGUCCGAGACAAGCUCUUUGCCCAGGAGGAGAAGACGCAUGUGUGUGAGAGCAGCUCUGCUGAGGCGUGUGCAGAGCCCAGAGCCGGCAGGUGGAUGCCAGAACCAGAACCAGAACCGGACCCAGAACUAGAACCGGACCUGGACACUGAGCUGCAGCUGGCCCUGUUCCCCGCGGAACCCAGCAGCAGAGACCGCCAGAGCCCCACCCCCCCUCUUAGCCCCUCCCCCCCUCUCAGCCCCUCCCCCCCCAGCACUGAGCAGGAGCAGCUCAAGGCUCUCUUCACUCCAUCCAGGACCGCAGCACUCACUGCACAGGAUGAGCAGUGGCGAGGAGAGCUUCUGAGAGUAAAGCUUCAGCAGCAUGAGGACGAGCUGAAGGCUCAGCUGCGCCGGCGCAUGUUUGACCAGCAGGAGGCGCUGUGUGUGCGGCGGCAGCAGGCCGAGGGCAGUCUGGACGGCCUGCGCAGACGAGUGGACUGGCUGGACCAGCUCUUAGACGCAGACGGCUCUGACGCCUCACUCAAACCACACAGGCAACAUCAGGUCAGGCGGUCCAGCAGCUGGUGCCCAGAGAGCGCUGACCCGUCCAGCAGCCCCGUCACACUGGACCCACACACACACACACACACACACACACACACCAGCAGCCCCGUCAGACUGGACCCACUGCUGCCUGAGAGGGACCAGCACACCACCACAGCAACCUGCAGAUGAAGAGCACACACACACACACACACACACACACACCAGCAGCCCCGUCACACUGGACCCACUGCUGCCAGAGAGGGACCAGCACACCACCACAGCAACCUGCAGAUGAAGAGCACACACACAC